AUGCUUAGUCCAACUAUUCUUCAAAAACUCCAACCAAUGAAUAAAUUUUAUAUUCAUACGGGAAACUUAAAUCAACUUGGUGAUCUCAAGUUUAAAAGAUUUAAGAAUAGUGCUGAAGAGUUUAAAGCUUGUCUUGAAUACUUACAACUUCCUGAAAAUGCUGGUGUAGAUGAACAUGGUGUAUUAUUAUUAAAUUCUAAAACACUGUCAGAAGAGCCAUUUGAAAGAGAUGACUUAAAGAUAACAUUAAAAGUUUUUUUAAAUGAUUUUGACUUUUCGCAAAUAGAAAAAGCAAUUGAUGGAACAUUAAUUGAAUUAAAAACUGAUAAUAUUGAACAAUUAAUUGUAUCAUUUCCACCAUUUGUAUGUGAAGAUGAUGUUACUGAAGAGGAAGAAGAUAAAAUGUUUCUUAAAAAAGUAAUAAGUAUAUGGAGAGAUUUAGAAAAUUUUGUUUCUACAUCUAAAGUUACUAAUUUAGGUGUAGCUGAUUUUAAUGUUAAUCAAUUAAAACAAUUAUUUGAUGAAGCAACUAUCAAACCAUGUGUUAAUCAUUUUAACAUUGAUUCAUGUUGUGUUGUACCACCUGAACUUCAUAAAUAUGCAGGGGAUAAUGAUAUACAGCUUUUGACUCAUAAUGAUCCAUCACCAUUUCCAGUCGCAGAGGCAUUUAAACAAAUUUGUGAAUUAAAAUGCACAUCACCACAAUGUUGUAAUACAUUUAAACCAACUUGGGCAGCUAGAUAUACAACAUGGGUUCGUAGAAGAUCACUUAUGGCUGCUAAAGGAUAUAUUGUUGAAUUUUCAGCAAUUUGA